AUGAUCCCGUUCUGGUUGGAAGGGGUUAUGGCUGCAGAGCGAGGCGAGGAAGCGGGGAGGAUGGAAGAGUUCCUUGAGCGGCUCGAGGAACAGUGGAAAGGGCUGAAUGAGUGGGGCCUGCCCGCAGACGAUGGAUGGGGCCAUGACACAGGCGAGAACGUCUGGGGCGUUAACAACUGGGCAGCGGCGCAUGAAGCUUGGAUGCCUGGCGCUACCUGGGACAUACCAGAAGAACCUCAGGAGGAGCCUGUGCAGUCGGUGUGGGGCAAGCAGGCCUCUGGCUGGGAUCAGCCAAAUCAGGCGUGGGGUGAGCAGGCUUCUGGUUGGGAUCAACCUGAUCAGGCAUGGGGUGCUUCGACCCCGUGGUCCGACAAAUCCGGGACAGAACGCGAGACAAAGUCUCGGCCACGGCGAACGCAUAACGGUGAGAACCGUGAUGCAUGGCAGUUUGUGGAGAGGGUCGCGACGAAGGUUGAGGCAAACGCUGAGCAGCGACAGCGAAUGCAUCAAUUCUUCGAGAUGCCCACUCAACAAAAGGUGCAGAAAAUCCGAGACGUGAUCCGUUCCCUCCAGUCUCCUGCUCAUUCACGGCAUCGUCCGUGUGGUCCGGCCUCACAAAUCUUUCUCAUUCGCUACUUCACAUUCGACAUGAGUUCGCCAACGCCCUUGCCAGCAGGCUGGAUCCAAGAAUAUGACCCUCGGACCAAACAUCCAUUCUGGGUAGACACUAAGGCCGACCCACAUCGAUCAAUAUGGGUGCAUCCGUACGAGGACGAGCGGUUCUUGCGCGAGCACCCAGAAAUUCGCGACAAAUUGGCUGCGGGUGGUUUCUUGCCACCGAGUGAUCAACCGCCGCCGUACUCUCCCAGACGUCAUUCAUUCUCCGGCUCCUCUUCCUCGAGUGGCGGUCUUGCGGUCCCAAAGAUGGACGGCCGGAACGCAACAUCACAGCCGGGAACCCCAGGCGACUCGAAUUCGCAGCAGCAGCAUAGGGGCAUGUUCGGGAGGCUGAAAGACAAAGCCAUCGGAACUAAGGAGGAGAGAGAGGCCGCAAAGAGACAGGAGACUUUGCUGAGACAACAAGAACGGCAGCGACAGCGACAGCGGCUCGUGGAACAAAGACAAUGGGAAGCUAGAGAACGCGAGGCACAGCUCGAAGCUAUGCGUCAACAACGCAUGAGACCUUCGUCAAGUUCAUACGACCGUUCGGGAUACGGGCAGCCAGCAUAUGGCCCACCUCAAGGUGACCCGUUCACCUACAGGAGCGGAUUGGGCGGUUACGAUAGGUUCGGCGGCAGAACCGGAUACGGGGGCCGCAGAGGGUUUGGCGGUUUCGGUGGUAGCAGCGGUUUCGGCGGUAGCAGCGGUCUCGGGGGUGGAUCAAUGGCAGUACCAAUACUGGGUGGUCUAGCGGGAGGUCUACUUCUCGGAGACCUUUUGGGCGACUUCGGCGGCGGCGGCUUUGGCGGCGGCGGAUUCGACAACGGUUUCGGUGGCGUCCACACGGGCCUUUCGUCGGCAGCGAUCAAGCAGAACAAGAUUCAUUCGACUGUCCCAAGAUGUGACAGCAGAACGCGCGCUGCAGUCACGCAGCGUGACUGUGCCCGUCUCGCGGUGUAUACCAGCCACCAGCCUGCCGGAGGCGAAUUUGCAUGGCUUGAUGUGCAUGAACUGUUUGAGAGUUCAGGACUUCCGCCAAUCGCGCAAACGCUGCAAUCUUUUGUUCCCCUACCCCAGGUGACCACACGCACGACGUCCCUGACAUCAGUAUCGCACAAUUCAUUUGCUCUGCGAUUCUCGGAUCUGGUUGAAAUUGAAGCAGCUUCUCACGAAGAUGAAGAACAUCGUGCUGCAAGGACGAUGGAUUGGGUCAGUGCCCGUGUGGGGCACCGUGCUAUUGACUGGGUUCAAAUGUUGGAAGCACAAGCCGCGAGUGGGAAAGAGAGUGCUUGGAAGGACAAAGCGCCAUGGUGGGAGGAGCUGAAACGAUGUAUAGAGGGCGACCAUAUCCCAAAUAGCGACGAGGGAUGGAACCAUCCGGUUGCCCGUGCGUCUGGUGGUUUCAUUGCUCUUGCGGAGGCUCUAUUCAAUGCUGUGAAGAAGCAGUAUGGCCUGCACAGUUACCUUCUCCCCUUGGCACUCCCUACCGAUCCAUUACCGGCUCCAGUGCCAGUCCCGCCUCUGGCACCUCGCCUUCCCUUACCGCCAUCCGUUGCUACGGACACGCCACCUCUGGCACCUCGCCCUACCCCGGCCGCCCUCGCUCCCCCUCACACUCCUAGAAUGGUGAUGUCACCGGUACCGCGUUCACCAGGCCCAUCGAUGCUGGCCACAGUUCUCGUCGUCGCGCCGUCUUCCAUCGCGCCUAUUCUCCUCCACUCGCCGACUCUUCGCGGUUCUAUCUCCUCUAUUGCAUCGGUGUCAUCUAUCGGCACAGCUAGUGGAGGUACGAUCACUCAGCAAAGGCGGCUCGCCGAAUUUGCUACCAUCCUUGGAGACUACAAGCUCGCCAUCGCUGUAUGGGAAAAUCUGCGCAAAGAGGGACGGGGAGGAUCACCGGUGCGAGCCCCGGGACAAGCACAAAUACGCGCCAUUUCAUACGCAGUAAGAUGGGCCAUUGGGAUUGACAAGAACGACUUCAUCAGCCCUGCCCUGGAGGGCGAGAGAUGGCUAGUCCAGGCGGCCGGAGGUGCAGAAGAACCUCCUGCUGCCAUCAUGCUAUCUUAUGCCGCGUACCUCAGCGAAAAGAAGGGUGCUCGCCGAAGAUCUGCUCUAUGGUUCCUAUAUGCGGCUGACAGACUGGAGAAGGGUGGUAUUAAACCACUUGCGAUGCAUUUUUUCCGGAGGGCCCAAGAGCUAUAUUUAGCUCGGCGGCCAAAAGAGCUAUCGCCCUCGUUCUGGGACAGUGAAGGUGUAGAUCCUGAUAGUUGGCCAGGGUUUGAGUCGGUACUUCCUGGAAUUGAGCAUGAGCUAGGUCGAUUGGUAUACACUAUGGGCGAUACUGAGGGCGCUGUGCGAUACUUCAUUGGGCUCCUCAGGCGACCCUCAGUCUCAAGUGAAAUCCCACAUGACCAAGUUCAGGUCGGUAGCGACGGUUUAAUCGAAGCAGAGAUCUCACCCGACAAGGUCUUCCUGGAAGAUUUCCGUGUGGCCUUGAAGCACUUCAAGGAUACAAAAGGCGAUCGAUGGGAAGGUGUAUCCCUCACGUUACCGGUGACCUUCUGUCAGGCUAAGCAAACUAGAGUGCGCUUCCCUGGCGAUACAUUUGAAGGUGAUCAGACCGAAUGGGAUAUGCGGGAAGAGGAUUGGAGGAAGUUCUGGGCUUCCCGUGGCAAGGAGAAGCUCGAACGAAAUAGUAAGGCUGCUGUGGAUGAGAAUUUCUGGGUCGAUGUCGUGAUGCGCAAUCCGCUCAACGUGGACGUUACGCUCUCUGGCCUUUCCGUCACUAUAACGCAGGUCACUACCGUCAGCCCGAUUUGGUCAUGUAGACCACUUGGAAGAAGUCAUAUCGAUACCAUCUCGCCGCACCAGAUCGCGAGACUAGAACUAGGUGUCAGUCCGUGGUCAGAAAGAUCGCGUUCCGAAGACACGAUGCAGUUCAUUGUUCGCAAACUCGGAGAUGUUCUUCAAGGCAAUCAACCAGAGCCCACUGAUCCCCCUCCACUAGACCUCCUCUGCGGACAUGUUUCUGCGGCAGACGGAAUCACUGUGUCCACUCGGCUGCCUCAUCGCAUCCGUACAUCCCGGCUGAUACCCACCAGCACAUCUUUCCACUCUACCAUCCUUGGCUUGACGAUAGGAGCAAGCCAUGCUCCUCUCAACGAGCUCAUUGACGCUGCUGAAAGCGCCAAGGCGAAACGGUCCAUGUAUGCUGAGACGCACCACGAACGCCAAGAAAUCCUGCGCGCCAGAUGGAUCCUGUCGUUGUAA